AAACACCGACAGAAGCGAGAAGCGGCGUGCGGGAUUAGAGUGAACGCCGCGAGGUUCGUUCCCGAAAAGCACCGUAUAUCAAACUUCUUCAGCCAGGUAAUCAACCCGCGUGUAAUUGUAAUUUUCGGUUUCGACGACUCAACACGACGAGGCACACGACGUGGCAUCGUAGAGAAUGACGAGAUAAGAUGCUGGACAAGUGUCUUUCAUUGAUCUUCAUCCUCUGCUGCGUUCUGGCGGUUCCCAGGAGCGCGAGAGUCAACCUCGGAGGGCUGUUCGACACCGACGAUGGGAUUCAACGUACCUUCGAAUCCUCUGUAAAGCGAGUGAACCAAGAGCGACACGAGAACGACGAGUUCCCAGACGUGUUCCUCGUGGCGAAGUCCAACGAGGUCGACACGGAUCCGUUCAACGUGUCGGAAAUAGCGUGCGAAUUGAUGGAGGAAGGGGUGGCCGCCAUUUUCGGUCCCCACAAUAGGUUUACCUCGGAACAUGUGCAGAGUAUGUGCGACACCAUGGAAAUGCCACACAUUUACGGCAGAUGGGAACACUCUCAAACUCGCGGCAAAGGAAUAAACUUAUUCCCGCAUGCGGAAACACUCUCCAUGAUCUUUGACAAAAUGAUAACCGACUUUGAAUGGAAGGUAUUCGCAAUACUGUACGAAGGUACCGACAGUCUGUUCCGUACGCACCGACUGCUGGAGCGUUGGGACGCAAAGAGCCACGGGAUCUUCCUGUAUCAUUUAGGCACCGGACCAAGUUACAGAAAAGUGAUGCGAGAGAUCAAAGACGAGGAGAUUGAGAACGUUAUUAUCGACUGUUCGAUUGAUAUAUUGGAAGAGGUGCUGAGACAGGCGCAGCAAGUGGGAAUCAUGUCGGAGAAGAACAAAAUUAUCGUAACUUCCCUGGAUCUUCAAACGAUCGAUCUAGAACCGUACCAAUUUUCAGGGGUGAAUUUCACGGGGGUGCGAUUAAUCGAUCCUGAGAAUCCGCUCGUUGCGAGCAUCGUCGAGAUGCACAAGUACGAGUGGGGCUUGAACGAUCCGAGUCAAUUACGCGUCGAACCAGCGCUCAUGUACGACGCCGUGCAGCUUUUCGCCAGAGCUUUCAGCCGUCUGAGAUACACCAUUAAAGCGAACGUAAAGCCGUUGCUUUGCAACGGUAGCAUAAGCUGGGAGCACGGAUUCAGCCUGAAUAAUUUCAUGCGAGUCACCGAAAUGGAAGGGUUGACUGGCUUGAUCAAAUUCGACACGGCUGGAUUUCGCAGCGAUUUCCAGCUGGAUAUUGUGAAAGUGACGGAAGUCGGACUGAAGAAGAUCGGAAUGUGGAACAGUACGAGUAACGUGGAGUGGCUGAUGGAAGCUCACGUUUCCAGCUCUGACGCGGAGUUAAGCCUGCAGAACAAAACGUUCAUCAUCCUGAUCGCCCUCAAUCAGCCCUACGGCAUGUUAAAGAGAUCGGCCGAUAUGAUGUCGGGGAACGAUCGUUACGAAGGCUUCUGCAUCGAUAUUAUUCAAGAACUGAGCAAAAUGCUUGGCUUUAAUUACACGUUCGAGGUUCAGACGGACAACGUGUACGGAUCGUACUCGAGGAAGGCGAGAAAAUGGACGGGGAUGCUUGGCAAAAUAAUGGCCGACGUGGCUGACCUGGCAAUUACAGACUUAACUAUAACGGCGGAGAGGGAAGGGGCGGUUGAUUUCACGAUGCCUUUUAUGAAUCUAGGAAUAAGUAUUUUAUAUCGCAAACCGACCAAAACACCGCCCAGCUUGUUCUCCUUCUUAUCGCCGUUUUCAGCCGAAGUUUGGUGGUACUUGAUCGGAUCCUACAUAUUCGUGUCCGUGGUAUUAUUCAUCAUCGGCAGGAUAUGCCCUGCAGAGUGGAAUAAUCCAUAUCCGUGCAUCGAGGAGCCCGAGGAGCUUGAGAAUCAGUUCACCUUUAAGAAUUCCCUGUGGUUCACUAUCGGCAGUAUUAUGCAGCAGGGUUCCGAGAUCGCGCCCAUAGGACUUUCGACAAGAAUGAUGGCUGCUUCGUGGUGGUUCUUCUGCUUGAUCAUGGUAUCAUCCUACACUGCCAAUUUAGCCGCGUUCUUAACCGUCGAGACGGUGGUGUCUCCUUUCUCAAAUGUCGAGGAACUAGCGAAGAAGAAGACUAUCAAAUACGGCGCUAAACUAGGAGGAUCCACGUUGAUGUUCUUCAAAAAUUAUGCCCGUCCCAAGGAUUCCAACUACUCGACGUACAAGGAGAUGUACGAGUACAUGCAGGAGAACGCGGUGGACGUACUGCCACCUGAUAACGACGUCGCUCUGACGAAAGUGCUGAGAGAGGACUAUGCGUUUCUGAUGGAGUCAAGCUCCAUAGAAUACAUUAUCGAGAGGCACUGCAACGUGACGCAGAUCGGUGGACUCCUCGACGCCAAGGGUUACGGGAUUGCUAUGAAAAAACACUCACCGUAUCGUCAUCCAUUGAACACUGCCGUAUUGAAGCUGCAGCAAAGCGGCCUGAUAACCGAACUGAAGAAGAAAUGGUGGACGCAGAAACGCGGAGGUGGAACAUGCCGAGAAGACGGCGGUCAGAACCAGGCAGAGGAACUGGAUCUCGACAAUGUGGGUGGCGUGUUCCUGGUAUUAUCCGUAGGCGUUGCCGCCUCUUUCUUUUACACCGUGUUCGAGUUACUCUGGGAAGUUGGCUGCACGUCGUUGCGCGAAAAUGUCUCCUUUAAAGAAGAAUUAAUGGCCGAACUGAAGUUUAUUAUAAAAUGCGACAAUUCGCCUAAGCCGGUGAGAAAGCGGAAAGGAUCGUCGAACAGAAGCGGAGAAGACAGUACAAGGGGUUGCACACCCCCGUACGGAUUUAUACCGGCGAUUAUAACGUCCAAUUCCAAUGAUAAAUGAGACACGCGUGAUAAAAGAACAUAGUAAAUGUCCGACACGUAUUUCUAGUCGACUAGAGAAGAAUCCUUGAGAAACCAAUCUAUAUUUUGUCAUACCGAUACAUACAUACGUUAAGCAAUUAGCCUUCGAAAAUAAUUUAAUUUCACCCGACUGUGACUGAACAUUUUCCAUAAAGCCGUAAGAACACCAAGGAAAUGUAUAAUUGUGUUGGAAUAUGCAUCGCAGUUUGUAAUAAUUGAGCAAAAUACAAAAUAUUCUUGGACAUUC